GCCGGUGGUUUUUUCAUCGGACCAAUGGGGUUUCGACACGACGAGACUCGCACUUCUUAUACCACAUGCGUUCAUUGUAAUUCCAGCCUGUCAUACGUGUUGAUCAAAGUGGGUUGAGUCGUGCUCUCAGUCAGUUUUGGUCUACUGGGUAUCCACUGUCCACAUCUCUUCGGCGUUUUCCAAGCAAAUCGCCCCUCCUAAGAUGCACAAAAUCGUGUGGUGUCUAGCGGCAGCGCUGCUUGUCGCUAUCGUCGGCGCCAAGAAGGACUCAGAGUCCAAGGACAAGGAUAAUGUCGGCACAGUCAUCGGUAUCGAUCUUGGAACGACGUAUUCUUGCGUCGGAGUUUUCAAGAAUGGGCGUGUGGAGAUCAUCGCUAACGACCAAGGAAACCGUAUCACGCCAUCUUACGUGGCCUUCACUGCCGAGGGAGAGCGGUUGAUUGGUGAUGCUGCCAAGAACCAGCUGACCAGCAACCCAGAGAACACAGUGUUUGAUGCCAAGCGUCUCAUUGGGCGCGAGUGGACGGAUCCCUCCGUGCAGCAUGACCUCAAGUACUUCCCGUUCACAGUGAAGGACAAGAACAGCAAGCCUCACAUUGAGGUGAAUGCUGGCAAGGAGGGCAAAAAGGUUUUCGCCCCUGAAGAGAUCUCUGCCAUGGUGUUGACCAAGAUGAAGGAAACUGCUGAAGCCUACCUGGGCAAGAAGGUGACCCACGCUGUCGUGACCGUGCCAGCCUACUUCAACGACGCCCAGCGUCAAGCCACCAAGGAUGCCGGAACCAUUGCUGGUCUCAAUGUGAUGCGUAUCAUCAACGAACCCACAGCUGCUGCCAUUGCCUACGGUCUGGACAAGAAAGAGGGCGAGAAGAACAUUCUUGUCUUCGACUUGGGAGGAGGAACCUUCGACGUGUCCCUUCUCACCAUCGACAACGGCGUCUUUGAGGUUGUCUCUACCAAUGGUGACACUCAUCUUGGUGGUGAGGACUUUGACCAGCGUGUGAUGGAGCACUUCAUCAAGCUGUACAAAAAGAAGACCGGUAAGGAUGUGCGCAAGGACAACCGCGCCGUGCAGAAGCUGCGUCGGGAGGUUGAGAAGGCAAAGAGGACCCUGUCCACUGCUCACCAGGCCAGGAUCGAGAUUGAAUCGUUCUUCGAGGGAGAGGACUUCAGUGAGACCCUGACUCGUGCUAAGUUUGAGGAGCUGAACAUGGACCUUUUCCGUUCCACCAUGAAGCCUGUUCAGAAGGUACUCGAGGAUGGUGACCUCAAGAAGACUGAUGUGGACGAGAUUGUGCUUGUCGGAGGUUCCACCAGGAUCCCCAAGGUUCAACAGCUGGUCAAGGAGUUCUUCAAUGGCAAGGAACCCACCCGUGGCAUCAACCCCGACGAAGCAGUCGCCUACGGUGCCGCCGUGCAGGCUGGAGUCCUCGGCGGAGAGGAAGACACUGGGGACCUCGUGCUGUUGGACGUGAACCCUCUGACCCUCGGCAUCGAGACAGUGGGAGGCGUCAUGACGAAACUGAUCCCCCGUAACACAGUCAUCCCCACGAAGAAGUCUCAGAUCUUCUCCACGGCCUCGGACGAGCAGAGCACUGUCACCAUCCAGGUCUUUGAGGGGGAGCGUCCCCUGACAAAGGACAACCACCAGCUGGGCAAGUUCGACCUGACUGGCAUCCCACCUGCUCCUCGAGGUGUGCCCCAAAUCGAGGUGACCUUCGAGAUUGACGUCAACGGUAUCCUGCGGGUCAGUGCAGAGGACAAGGGUACAGGCAACAAGCAGAAGAUCACCAUCAACAAUGACCAGAACAGGCUGACGCCUGAGGACAUCGAGAGGAUGGUAAAGGACGCCGAAAAGUUUGCCGACGAGGACAAGAAGGUCAAGGAGAAGGUGGAGGCCCGCAACGAACUGGAGUCUUAUGCCUACUCCCUCAAGAACCAGAUUGGAGACAAGGAGAAGAUGGGAGGCAAGCUCUCCGACGAGGACAAGAAGACUAUUGAGCAAGCUGUGGACGAGAAAAUCAAAUGGCUGGAGCAGCACAGUGACGCUGAUGCGGAAGAACUCAAGGAACAGAAGAAACAGCUGGCUGAUACUGUGCAGCCGAUUGUAGCCAAGCUGUACCCUGCAGGAGGCACCCCACCGCCGACGGACAAAGAUGACUCUACAAAGGACGAGUUGUAAAAACAAGGCCAGAUCUCUUGGGUACAGCGAGAGGCAUGGGGCAGCAGCAUUAUCACAAGUCAUCUGUUACGAUCAUGAGCUCAUCAUUUCACCACCUCUACAGUGCUGCUGCUGCCUGCCUUUUGGCUGGUUGAGUGUUCUUGGACCUAUUUACCAUGAUCAUUCUCUGUACAAAAACAAUUCUUUCUGUGUUUUUUUUUUUCGUUGUAGUAACUUAAGUUAUACAGAUGUCUUCUACUGGGUGGGCUUUCUCCAUGAGUGGGAGGGGGCUGGGUGUCAAAUAAAAGUGUUUCUAUUAAA